AUGAUGAAUUUAUGUUAUAAUUCCGAUCAGUACGGAUUCGCAAAAUAUAAGAAAUAUAAUUGCAAGAAGAAAAGAAAUCUUUCAAAAGACCUUAAACCUAAGCUAUAUCAAAGCAAAAAUCAAGAAAAAGAAGAAAUCACAAUAACUCACAUUAAGGAUAUUGGUUGCUUUGUCAGCCAAUAUUAUUGGCAAGGAAUCCCGGAAAUACGAUUGAAUCAGCAGAGCAAUCCAGUGAAAUCAGGCUUAGAGUAUAAUUUAUCGAGUACGAAGGAGAGAAAGAUAUUAUUACAAAGUUACAAAUAUCACCUGAUGUAUUUGGUCGAAUUGAAAUCACCAUUAAGAAAGGAAAAGCAACAUAAAAAGUUCAUAUUUAACUUAUUUGACUUCAAAUUACUUAAAAAAUCUCUUAUCAAAACUCAAGAAAAGUCGGAAAUAUUUGUACGAGUAAGAGAAAAAGAGAGCACAAAUCAGAGAAUCACCAAGAAAAGUUCACAUUUUAUUUCAUUUUGUUGUCUGACUAAUUUGUCUUUGGAGGCUCGACUCUUAUUAAUUAAUGAUUUAGCAAAGCAUUUAGCAAAAUUAAUUUUUUUUCUCGGAAGACUUGAGCCUUUGAAUAUGUUUCUUUGCAAAUUGCUAAACCUGUCGGCACUUCUACUGAUCCUAGUGCCACUAAUCAUCUCAUUACCACAUCCACAUCAUGAUGUGCAUAAACGAAGUUCCUUUUUCGACAUCGAUUGCAAAGGUGUCUUUAACAAAUCGAUAUUUUUUCGAUUGGAUCGCAUCUGUGAGGAUUGCUACUCAUUAUUCCGUGAAGUCGAGCUGCAUUCACUUUGCAAGAAACAGUGCUUCACGACGGAAUUCUUCAAAGGAUGUCUAGAGGCACUACAGCUCCAAGAUGAAGUGAAUGCCAUUAAAAGUUAUAUCAAAUUAGUGAAUGGAGCCGAUCCGAAUCUCUCGAGCAACUGAAAAUUGUGUUCAGUCUCUAUGCUUAAUCGAUCUGUAAGAUCUUGGCACCAUUUUCCUCUGCCACCCAUUCUCACACAUACAAAUUCAAACAAAAAGCCCCCAAUGAAGGAUUUCGACAGUCGGAUGAGAAGAAGGAGAAGAACAAUGGACAAAUCGCUUAAAAAAGGGAUAAUAAAAUCAUAAAAAUUCAAAACACAUACUCGCAUCCCCCUUGGCAUCCCCAAACGAAAUGUUAAACUGAUUGAGAGAAAGAAAAGGAAACAAGAAAAAAAAGAAGGAAAGAAAGAAAGAAAGACGGUGAGAGAGAGAGGGAGAGAAUAGAAGAAGUGAGUAAGAUGGGGCGAGCUUAUAGUCAUCAUGCUGUGAGUGUGUGCUUGGCCUAAACGAUGCUGGACAUCAACUUGUCAUACUUAUGAGACAAAAAAAAAUAUAAUGAAACGAACAAAGUUCCUGUAUAUGCCCAAGACGAAAAUAAAUAAGAAAAAAAAAGAGAAUUAAAAAUUUGCACACAAAACGAUGAGCUCAGACAAGCACACAUUCGCCCAGUCGGAUAUCGAUGUACUCGCUUUCAGACUUUCAUCAUAAGAACGUUUAGAAGCAGCAUGAAUGCAUGUUUUGGAUGAUGGUGCAGAAAGGGAGAAAGUUAAUAAAAUCAACUAUGAAUUCCGGCGCAAUCAACCACCGACCCCGAAAAAUGACAUUUUUUCUUCGUCCUCCAAUUUUUUUCUCUAUUAAACUUAAUCAACAUUCAAUCGAGGGAAUGGAAAUGAAGGACGGAAAGGGAGAAAGAAUUUAUAAUUCAGUUAAUUAGUCAUCGUUUGAUGAAGCUUUGGUAGCUGUCGCAUGUGCAUUUUAAAGAGAGACAUACACACAAUUUCGAUGGCUGAUGUUUAUGUUUUUAUGAUAUGACUUGACUGUACAUAAAUUAACAUCAUCCCAAUCUCAAAACUGUUUUGCAUUUAAUCAUCUGAAAAUUGUUUUCAUCGACUUCAUAAUAAUGCUGAACUCUUCUUCUCAUCAUCGAUAAUAUCAAAAAUUGUUUUCGUCGUGAUAAAAAUGUUAGAUUUUUCGCCUUAUUUACAACCAAUUUGAUAACUUUGUCACCAAUCACAUCAAAGCCAUCCAAAGUCAGUGCGGUUGAGUGCAAUAGAUCAAUAAACUGUUGUUCAAUAAAUAUCAUUCAAGAAUGCUGGGAGAGCUGUUUCACCACUGACUACUUUGUUGGAUGCGUCGAAGCAUUGAAGUUGGAAGAAGAUUGGGAGAAGUUUGAUAAGUGGAGGGAGAUCCUCGGAAAAAAGUAAAGACAGAACAACUUUCAAUCAGUUUUAUUGGCGCAGCGAAUUCAUCUACCCAAAACUUCAUCACCUCCCACCCUCCCCCCUUCCCCCCACAAACCAAUAAGGGUGAAUCGUCGAGCAUGCAAACACAAUGGAAUCACAAUUCAUACUAAAUGGGACCAAAAAUGUAGAUAUUAAUGACAAAACAUUUGUAACAAUGAUUAAUCACUUUAUGAAACAAGAAACUCAAUCCAUGUAGAAUAUUUUUUAAAAAACUGAUGAGUUAUUAAUUGAUCGGAAUGCAGCAAUCACGAUCGAUGCUGGAAGUUCGUGCUUGCGCGAGGAAAAAAAAGGGAAAGAAAAUUGUCACUCAUUUUUCUUCUUUUUUUUUUAAAUUCAUGAAAUGCAGUAAAAUUUGCAUGUUACGUGAACAGACGACGCAGAAAUAAAUGGGAUCCCGAAAAAAAUGAACAAAAAACUUUGAUGGCAAUUUUUGUGCAUUAAAAUACCGUCAUCAAGAUGGAAAUUUAUGUUCAUUUGGAUAGGAGAUAGCUGACUGUACACAUCAUGAAGUGUUCACGACUCUCUCGUAUUCCAAAUGGACAACAAAGUAGUUGAAACUGUUGAUUAUCAUUUCUCACGAAGGUUCCUAUAGUUUCUGUUAUUUUUCUAUAUAAAUAUAUUAAAUAUAUACAUAAAGAUAGCUAUAAAUAUUUCUUUUAUUCUAUUGUUGAAAGCGUACAGCAUUAAAAACAAGCAAAGCAUGCAAAUUGAGACGAAACAAACAUCUCGAACAAAUUUCUUUUAUUUGAAGAAGAAAAAAAAUUAUUUCAAAGAAAAUGAGAAUUUUUGUGAAAAACAAUCAAGAAUUGGAUUUUUUUUCUUCUCUCUCUACACUUGAAUAUACACAACAAUGGAAGAAAAGGAUUUUUUUAUAUACAAAGCCCCUAUUAAGCAGCAACCUAAUUUACGCAAACAUAGCAGCAAAUGAGAAUCAUAAACUCUCGCAUACCAUUAAACACCAAACCGACAAAAAGAGGAUUAAAUCAAUUAAAAUUGUGUAGUGAUGUCAACUUUUUUUUCUCCUUCUCUUCAAUGGCUCCAUAUCUCCAUAUAGAUGAGAGCAAGGCAAGGCACUAGAUGUGGAAAAUAUACUUUUUCAAUAGAGGCAUCUACAAAUACUUAUUUAGUAAAGAGGGUUGGCAAAAACAAAUUUCGCUAUCAAGCCAACGUUCGUUGUUGGGGUGAAUUUGAAUAUAAAUUAUUUCUUAAAUUUUUAAUAACAUCGAUUUUGUGAUGCAAAUAAUAUUUUCUGAUUUUGUUAUUCGACUUAAAUAUGUAGAACAACAAUUUCCACGCUUUCCAUUCGAUAGAAAAUGAACUAAACUACCGACAACAUCACACACAACAAUAACGUAUCAAAGUUCAUCAACAGUUGAAGAGCUUUUAUGGGUGAUAACUCAAAGAAAAUUUCCGCAUAUGUGGAUGAGAAAUUGUUGAAGAUAUGGCAUAAAGUUGCUGAUUAAGAUUUCACUUGAAUUAUUUGUUAAUUUGAGAAGAGGGAGAGAAAAGUUAUUGUAUUUAAAUUUAAUUAAAUUCUGGUCUGAUCGUAAGAUAAUAUAUUAAUUAAAAGAAAAUAGGAAAGGGUUGGGAGAUAAGAAAAAGAGAAGAAAAGAUGAAGAUGAAGAAGAAAAGGAAAAUGAAAAACUUUGUUUACCUGGUGAAGAGUGAAAUCACAAAGCAUACAAUCAAUUCAAGAAACUACGUUCUAUGGAACUUAUAUAAAGUCUUAGAAAUGAUUCGAUUAAAUUCUUAUGAAAACUCAAUUGCAGUUUGCAAAUAAAUUUUUCGUAAAAAUUUCUUUCCGUAGUUUUUUCAAUUCAACAACAUAAAUUUUAGUUAGCCGUAUUUUGUGAUUUCACUCUCCAAUCCAAUCACACAUUAAUCAACGAAUUACUUAAGUUUCUAUCAAAGAACAAAAAUACAAAAGAAAUUACUUAAAGAGAUGAUAUUGAUAUUAAACAUGAAAAAAAGCAUAAAUAAAUGUCAUGAAAAAUAUAAUUUCAUGAAACAAUAAUGAAAAAAAUGUGCAUUUAAAUACUUAAUAACUUGAAUCUAGUAAGAAAUUUAAUUUUUUUAAAUAUAUUAUUAUUAUUUAAAUUUCACAAAUUCUAUUUAAGCUUAAGGAUCUUCAUUUUAUUUUACUUUUUUUUUUGAUGAAUAAAGUUAAAAUAUGAUAUCUGUAUAAUUAUAUUAAUCGUUUGAGUUAUGAAACCCG